UAAAAUCAGAUCCUUCACAUAUUCAACCCAUAUAUUUCUCACCUUCUUGCCAAUAUGGCUCAACGCUUUCAACUGAACCCGAAAGCCCUCCCAACGGCCGACCCUCUCAAAAGGGUUUCUCUUAUCCCAAGAUCUACCGAGCAGAAGCUGGCUGAGAACUCUGAUGAGAGGCGUCCUGUAGUCCCCAGAACUCACGAAGAAAAACCCUUUGGUGAUCAAACAAAUGAUCACCAUGUUGCUGCUCCUGCGGAACACAAUAAGGUGAUGGAUCAUGAGACUGAGAAGCUCGGUUCCCAUGUCCCUAAGACUGCAGCACAUCAUCCUCACCCAUCUGAGGAUCUCGUUGAUGCUAAUAGUAGACAUUCUUUAGUUCCGAGAUCACUGGGUCACAAUUCGCUCGGUGGAAGAUUUGGACCGGGAAAGAAACAAGCUUUCCAUAAAAAUGGCAGACCCAUGUUUUCACUUUCUGAUGACCGAGUCAUGGCUGAUAGAGUCUUGACAACUCAUACUCCAGACAUGUUCUUCUUUGAUGUCAUAUCACUUCUCGCCGUUGUUGAUGACAUCUUCAAGUCUCAUGUCCCAUCCAUUGACGCCUCUGCUCCUAAGCCGCCACUAGUAUUCAAGGACUACGCUGAUCAUACCUCCUUUGAAACUUUCGCGGAUCUCAUCGACCAAAUCGCUUGCGAGAUCGACUGCAAGUGUCUCCAUGGCGGUGAAUCUCACGGAAUGAUGACAUCAGGGCUUCAUUUAGAUAGUCGCAAUACGACAACGUUCUCUGUUCUGUCCCUGGUCUCUAAAUACCGUUGGGAUGCUAAGCUAGUCCUUGUCCUAGCUGCAUUGGCCGUGAAAUACGGUGUUUUCCUACUCCUCGCAGAGACACACGCGACAAACCAGCUCACUAAGUCUCUAGCUCUUAUCAAACAGCUCCCUAGCAUCUUCUCUAGGCAGAACGCUCUGCACCAGCGUCUCGAAAAGACCCGAACUCUGAUGCAAGACAUGGUUGAUCUCACCACUACUAUCAUCCAUAUCUAUCAACUCCCACCAAACCACAUCACAGCAGCGUUUACCGACCAUGUCCCCACUGCGGUUUAUUGGAUUGUUCGCUGCGUUUUGAUAUGUGCUUCUCACAUCAGUGGUGUCAGCGGUUUCAAGCAGGAUCAAAUCAUGUCUUUUAUGGAAGUUUCGGAGAUACAUGAGAACAGCGAAAGGCUUAGGAAGAUCAAUGCUUACUUGUUAGAACAACUCAAGAAGAGUAAAUCAACCAUCGAGGAAGGUAUAAUCGAAGAGGAGUAUCAAGAACUCAUUCAGACGUUCACUACUAUCAUUCACGUCGACGUUAUUCCUCCUCUGCUUCGUCUUCUCAGACCCAUUGAUUUUCUUUACCACGGAGCUGGUGCUUCAAAGAGACGCGUCGGGAUCAACGUGCUCACCCAAAAGCACGUGCUGCUUCUGGUAUCAGACCUUGAGAAUAUCGAAAAAGAGCUCUACAUCCUGGAAUCGCUCUACACAGAAGCAUGGCAGCAAUCAUUCGAGAUUCUGUGGGUUCCGGUUCAAGAUUUCUGGACAGAAGCUGACGAUGCCAAGUUUGAGGCACUUCAUAUGAACAUGAGGUGGUACGUUCUUGGAGAGCCUCGGAAAUUAAGACGAGCCGCGAUGAGGUUUGUGAGGGAAUGGUGGGGGUUCAAGAACAGGCCUAUACUCGUUGCACUUGAUCCCAAAGGUCAAGUUAUGUCCACCAACGCUUUUCCUAUGGUCUGGAUCUGGCAACCCUUUGCGCACCCUUUCACGACCGCAAGGGAACGUGAUCUAUGGAGCGAACAGGAGUGGAGUCUUGAGUUCUUGAUUGAUGGCACUGAUCCUCAUUCCUUAAACCAGCUUGUUGAUGGAAAAUACAUAUGUCUCUACGGAGGAGAAGAUCUGCAAUGGAUCAAAAAUUUCACGAGUCUCUGGCGUAAUGUAGCAAGGGCCGCAAACAUUCAACUCGAGAUGGUUUAUGUAGGGAAAAGAAACCCUAAGAAUGGAAUCCAGCCUAUCAUCAACACAAUCAGGGAUGAAAACCUUAGUCAUACGUUGCCGGACUUGUUCCAGAUCUGGUUUUUCUGGACUAGGAUCGAGAGCAUGUGGGAAUCGAAGCAAAGGAUGCUGAAAGCCCGUGGUACCAAGGGGAGAGAAGGGUUUAAAGAUGGAUUGAAAGAAGAGGAAAAGGACCUCGUUCUGCAAGAAGUCGUUGCAAUGUUAGGUUAUGGAGGAGAAGGAGAUGGAUGGGGACUGGUGAGUAAAGCUUCAGACUUGAUGGUUCGAGCCAAAGGGAACUUGUUUUCCAGGGGUUUGGCUGAGUACGACGAAUGGGAAGUCAACAUUCCCACAAAGGGUUUUUUACCAGCACUCAAUGAUCAUCUCUUAAUGCGUCUCCCACCACAUCACUGUACAAGGUUCAUGCUUCCUGAGACUGCUGGAAUUAUACCCAAUGAGGUCGAGUGCACCGAGUGCCGUAGGACCAUGGAAAAGUAUUACUUGUACCAAUGCUGCCUUGAGUGAGAUCCCAGAAUAUUAGUUGAUUUGGAAGCCAUCAACUUGUUCCAAUAAACUAAAGUUUGUGUCUUUUCUUUAAUUUUCCACUUGUUGUGUUUCUCUAUAUUCUUGAUAUUGUUGUUGUGCUGCUGCUUCUGCUCUCUACUAUACCAGAGUCUUUGUAAUAAAAUUUGUGUGUUUUGAGAUUUCAAAUAUAAUAAAGUUAUGGGAAGCUUCUAGAA